AUGAAAUCUAAGUAUUAUCCUUAAGAAAAAAAAUUGACUGUAAUGAUGAAUAAGAUUUAAUAGAAUAUAUCAUUUGAUUUGAAUUCAAAUAACAAGCCAAAAUAUUAUAUAUCAAACACAACAUGCCACAAAGAUAAUUAAAAGUUUUUUAAUUGCACCAAUAUGUCUCCAAUAAUAGUUGAUUCAUCUACUCCAAGAAAAAGACUUAUUUCUGGCAAACGAGUUAGUAUUCAUUAUUCAAAAUUAGGCUUAACCAAAGGCAAAUUCUUCUCAUAAUAACUCAAACAAUAAAAUUUAAAAUCGAUAGAAAAAAUCAUCAUCAAAUUAGAGAACUAAUUUAACAGUAAAAACAGGAUCAUCAAUUGAGGCUUUAAAGGAAUUAAUGGGGAAAAGUAUAUUUAUAAAAUAAUAAUAGGCAACUUUAAAUAAUUAUUGUAAAUUAAUACAGAUAAAUUCAAGAAUUCAAAAGAAAUACCAUUUAUUGAUACAAAAAAGAGUAAUUCCACUGAGUUUGGAUUUGAUAAUAGAUUCAAUAAAAAUUUUCAAUAAAUUAAUUAAUAAGGUAAUAAAAGCACAACAAAUAAAUCAGGAUCAAAAGAUAAAUCUUCAUUAUAAGUAAAACUAAUUGACUAAAAAAAUAGAAAGUAUUUUCAAAGAUUAUAGAUUAAGAAAAAUCAAUGUCACCUACUAAGAAAGUUGAUUGGAAUAAAAUUAAAUUACCGUUAACUCCAAAAGAAUGUAUUUAAUAAUUUGAAUAAUAUUUGACAGAAUAUGAGAAAUAAGAGAUUCAUGGAUUUAGUAGAGUAAUUUUAAUUUAAUACUUUAGAUAUAUUGUAUAGGAUUGACAUCCAAAAAAAUAGAUUAAAAAUAAUCAAAUUAUAAUGAUGGAUUUGAUGAUUCAAAAGGUGAAUAUUUGUAUUCUCUUAAUGAUCAUAUUGGAUAUAGAUAUGAAAUUUUAGAAAUAGUUGGAAAGGGAAGUUUUGGAUAAGCAUUUAAAGUUUUUGAUCAUAAGAGAUAAUAAGUCUAAUGCUUAAAAAUAAUAAGAAAUAAAAAGAAAUUUACAAAUUAAGCUUUAGUAGAAUUAAAUAUUUUAACUUAUGUUAAAGAAAAAGAUGAAGAAAAUGUUACCAAUAUAGUAAAAAUAAAAGAUUUUGUGAUUUUUAGAAAUCAUGUGGUAUAUUUUAUUAAAUAUAUAUAUUAGUGUAUAUCUUUUGAAUUUUUAUCAAUAAAUUUGUAUUAAUUGAUAAAAAACAAUAACUUUUAAAGUUUAUCAUUAGAACUUAUUAGAAGAUUUGCAAUUUAAAUUUUAAAUGCAUUGAAUUUUUUAAAUAAACAUAAAAUAAUUCAUUGUGAUUUAAAGCCAGAGAAUAUAUUAUUAAAGUAAUAAAAUAAAAGUGGAAUUAAAAUAAUAGAUUUUGGGAGUAGUUGUUUUGAAAAUUAAAAGAUUUAUUCUUAUAUUCAAUCAAGAUAUUAUAGAGCACCAGAAGUAAUGUUUGGAAUUCCUUAUGAUACAAGUAUAGAUAUGUGGAGUUUUGGAUGUAUUAUGGCAGAAUUAUAUUUGGGAUAUCCAAUAUUUCCAGGAGAUGAUGAAUAAGAACAGAUUGCUUAUAUUUUGGAAAUACUUGGAAUGCCUGAUAAUGAAAUUUUAGAAGUAUAUAAAUGAAAAUUAUAAAAGAUUGCAUAAAGAAGAAAAGUAUUCUUUACAGAUUCUCCUCCAUUUUAACCUUUAUGUAUGUAAAAUAAAGGUACAAAAUUGAGAAUACCAGCAACUAAAACUUUAUCAGAAGUAUUAUAAUGCAAUGAUGAUAAUUUUAUUGAUUUCUUAAAAUAAUGUUUAGUAUGGAAUCCAAAGAAAAGAAUAAGUCCAAUAAAUGCUCUUAUGCAUAUAUGGAUUCUUGAAGGAUUACCUAGUUAAAUAAGAGUUUAACAUGUUUAAUAUUUAGAAAGUUAAUAAUAAUAUUGUGAUACUAAUACUGUCAAAUAGGGUUAGUAAGGAUAAUAAAAAUUGCAUAAUCAUCAUAUUUCUGAGCCAGAGAUGAACUAGGAAAAUAAAGUAAUUAAGAAUUUGUAUCAUCAUUAGAAACCUAAUUAGAUUAGAACCUUCUCAAGAGAAAAAGAAUUAUUGAUUAAUGUUUCAUAGAAUCCAACCCCUAAUAAUAAGAAAAUUUCAUCAUCUUUUCAUUCUAGCAAGAAUAGUAAUAAAUAGCAAAUGAAUUUUGUUUAAUAAUUACCAGGAACUACAAAGUAUGCUAAUAAAAAAAGUCAUUAUUUUUAUUGA